GACAUCUCCAUAUAUCUAAUCCUAGCUGAGUUUAUACGUCAAUAAACAAGGAUAGCCGCACUAGUUGAUGCAGUGUUGAGGUGUUUUGACACACUGCUGGAUGACUGAAGAUUUAAGACCUGCUCUGUUGUUUUUAUCUCUGACUGUUUAAAUCUGAGAUUCUCCUUCAGCAGUCCUGAUGGAGAGGAUUAGAUCUAAUGGAGGAGAACAUGUGAACGCCGCGUAUGACGCCACCCUGGAUGAACCUCCCAACUAUGAGGAGACCAACUUCUCUAACGGGGAGCACCGCACCGUCAGGCCCUCGGUGGUCAGUGCCUUUGGGCAUGACACACUGGAUCGGGUGCCCAACAUCGACUUCUACCGGAAUCCAGGCAGCAUAAGUGGUCACCGGGCUGUGCGACCAUCCCUGCAGGAGCUGCAUGACGUGUUUCAGAAAAAUGGAGCCAUCUCUGUCCCAGACACUGUGGAGGACGAUGGUGAGGGCAGCAGCGGGACCCCCUCUGAAGACCUGGAGUCUGCCAUUCCCAUCGACAAUAAAAACAAAGGAUCAGUAAAGUUUGGCUGGAUAAGAGGAGUCCUGGUGAGAUGCAUGCUGAACAUCUGGGGUGUCAUGUUGUUCAUCCGUCUGUCCUGGGUUUUUGGUCAGGCAGGCUGGGGUCUUGGAAUUGUGGUCAUCGCUCUCAGCUGUGUGGUCACAGUCAUCACCGGCCUUUCAAUGUCGGCCAUUUGCACUAACGGUGUUGUCAGAGGAGGAGGAGCAUACUACUUGAUAUCUCGAAGUUUGGGGCCAGAGUUUGGUGGCUCCAUCGGCCUCAUUUUCGCCUUCGCCAAUGCAUUGGCUGUUGCCAUGUAUGUGGUGGGAUUCGCCGAGACUGUGGUGGAGCUGCUUCAGGACCAUGAUGCACUGAUGGUGGAUACAUUAAAUGACACCAGAAUCAUUGGCUGUAUCACAGUCGUGCUGCUGUUGGGAAUAUCAGUGGCUGGGAUGGAGUGGGAGGCCAAGGCACAGAUUGUCCUGCUCAUCAUCUUGCUGGUUGCCAUUGUGAACGUAUUUGUAGGAACAUUCCUGCCUCCAACAGACACUAAAAAAACCCAAGGCUUCUUCGGUUAUCAAUCAAGUAUCUUCUUGGAGAAUUUUCCUCCAGCAUUUAGAGACGGGGAGACUUUCUUUUCCGUGUUUGCUAUCUUUUUCCCUGCUGCGACCGGGAUCCUGGCUGGAGCCAACAUCUCAGGCGACUUGAAGGAUGCGCAGUCAGCCUUACCUAAAGGUACCUUGCUGGCCAUCUUGAUUACUGGUAUCACCUACCUGGCUGUGGCUAUGUGUGUCUCUGCCACUGUUGUCCGUGAUGCCACUGGAAACAUAACUGACGCCAUCACUACUGCGAUAAGUUGUAAUGGUUCUGCUGCAUGCGAACUUGGCUUUGACUUCUCCGUCUGUGCAGUGAAAGAAUGCAAAUAUGGCUUGAUGAACAGUUUCCAGGUCAUGACCAUGGUUUCUGGGUUUGGUCCUCUCAUCAUUGCUGGAACUUUUUCAGCCACACUUUCAUCUGCCUUGGCUUCACUUGUCAGUGCUCCCAAAGUCUUCCAGGCACUGUGCAGAGACAACAUCUACAAAGCUCUGCACUUCUUUGCAAAGGGAGUCGGCAAGAAUGACGAGCCAAUCCGUGGCUACGUCCUCACAUUCGUCAUCUCUGUGGCCUUCAUCCUCAUUGGUAACCUCAACACCAUUGCUCCCAUCAUCUCAAACUUCUUCCUGGCAUCUUAUGCUCUCAUCAACUUCUCUUGCUUCCAUGCAUCCUACGCAAAGUCCCCAGGUUGGCGACCUGCAUAUAAAUACUACAACAUGUGGCUGUCUCUGCUGGGUGCACUGCUCUGCUGUGCUGUUAUGUUUGUUAUCAACUGGUGGGCUGCUCUCCUCACAUACAUCAUUGAAAUCCUCCUCUACAUCUACGUGACGGUCAAGAAGCCAGAUGUGAACUGGGGUUCAUCCACUCAGGCUGUGACUUUUGUGAGCGCGGUCAGCAACGCUUUGUCUCUGUCUGGAGUCGACAAUCACGUCAAGAACUUCAGGCCGCAGAUCUUAGCACUGGCAGGUGCAGCACGGACCAGACCCGCUCUCCUGGACCUGGCUAACUCCUUCACUAAGACCUAUGGACUCUGUAUCACCUGUGAAAUCUUCGUGGGUCCCAGAUCUGAGGCCCUUGAUGAAAUGAACGCCGGCAUGGAGAAGAACCAGCUGUGGCUUAGGAAAAAGAAACGUAAAGCGUUUUAUGCUGCUGUGGCCUGUGAUGAAUUCAGACAAGGAGCUGAGAGUCUUCUGCAGGCUUCUGGUCUUGGGCGAAUGAAGCCAAACACAUUGAUGAUCGGGUUCAAGGGGAACUGGAGGACAGCAGGCACAGACGGAGUGCAGAGCUAUGUGGGAAUAUUGCAUGAUGCAUUUGACUUUGAGUACGGGACGGUGAUGCUCAGGAUAAAGGAAGGGCUUGAUGUGUCACACAUUGUCGAGGCAGCAGAUGAGACUCUGAAGGCAGAGAAGGAGCAGCGAGCGCUGGAUAAAGAGAUGAUGCGGAACGGAGGCAAAUCCAAAGGACUCUUCAGGAAGUCAAGGCAAUCAUCGCAACAAGUGCUCACGACCAGAGUGUCGGUGUGUGCCCCUCCGCCCUUGGAGGUAGCCAUGAUGAAUGAGAGGCUGGUGGUGGCCAGCGAGCAGUUCAAGAAGAAACAGCCCAAAGGCACCAUUGAUGUGUGGUGGAUGUUUGAUGAUGGAGGCCUUACCCUGCUGCUCCCGUACAUCCUCACCACCAGGAAGAAGUGGAAAGACUGUGACUUAAGGAUCUUCAUUGCAGGCCAGCCAGGACAAACUGAAAAGGACAAACAGGAGAUGACAUCUCUGCUGCAUAAAUUCAGAAUUAACUGCUCUGACAUCAGUGUUAUUGAUGACAUCCACAUCCAGCCGCGCUCUGAAAGCUUGAAGAAGUUAGAUGACAUGAUCGAGCCUUUCCGCCUGCACGAGGGCUCCAAAGACUACAGUGAGGCUGAGGAAAUGAAGAAAAGGUAUCCCUGGAAAAUCACUGAUGAAGAGCUCAGCAGCUUUGAGGAAAAGACAAACCUGCAGAUACGACUGAACGAAGUGAUUCAGGAAAACUCCAAAUCAGCCAAUCUCAUCAUUGUGAGCAUGCCCAUCGCUCGCAAAGGAUCGGUCUCUGAUUUCCUCUACAUGGCCUGGCUAGACAUUCUGACAAAGGACCUCCCACCCACCCUGCUCAUCAGAGGAAACCACAAGAGUGUGCUCACCUUCUACUCUUAAGCACCCUGCAGGUUAAACAGAGGACAGCAUGUGGAUAUAGAGGAAAAUGAUACUACCAUAAUACUGGACUAUGGUCAUAAAGCACAUAAAGAAUGCAAGAACCCUGGAUAAUGUUGUUCAGUCCUUCAGACAAACAUGAUGGUACAAGAAUCUUUAGUCCAUUCCUGAAGCCAGUGGUCUCAUUCCAGUUGUACAAAAAAUGAGAAAAAAGAUAGUAUUAGAAAAGUAGUAAAGUGGUGAGCUUUGACAGCUGCAGUACAAAUUCUUUUCAGUCACAGCCUGCUAGCAUUUGACUAUUAUCACAUAUUUGAUCUUUUUGUCUGUUAUGUGUAAACUAAGCUGCCUUCAAAGCUCUCAAUGACUGCUGCAAAUGAAGAACAAGUGAAGCCUUAACAAGAAAUAAACCUAUUCCUAGCAGAGAAGUGAAGUGCUUAUGUUGAACAGUCUAAAUGUGAAUUAAGCAGAGAAGGCAAGCUGUUUGCUACAGUGAGCUACUUUGGAAAAAACUGUGAAAUACUCAGCUAUUUGAGUAGAAUUAUAGCAAAUGCACAGUGUUGGGUUUAGAACAAAAAUCUUCCAAGCUUGGUCAGAUGAGUCACAUUGAUAAAGUCAGAAAUAUCAGGAUGCUUUGAAUAGUCACGCUGAGUGACUGUGAUUUAAUUGUAAAGUAAAUGUAAAUAGAUGAUGUCUGAAUACAACGGAGGAUAUUUUUAAGCAAGUAACCCUUUCAUAAAUGAUGACCAGCAUCUGUUCUAUGGAAAUAUGGUACAAAUGGAUUGAUUAUUUUUUUUAUCCUUUGAUAUUCACUAAGUGAAAAUACGCACACUGUUUUGAGAAGCUGUUUACCUGUUCCACGCUACACUUUUUAGAUACUUUUAUGUUAUUAUCACAGUAUACUUUAUGUUAGAGGAAAUUUUAGUGAAAUUAAAGAUUGUAAAGCUAAUUAGUCUGUAUAUUUUUGCCUUUUGUCCAUCUUUGUAUUUAAAUGUAUGA